AUGUCAGCUCAUGACGGUGUUAGUUGUGACGCUUGUGGCAAAAGCAAUUUCCGUUCAAAACGUUUCAAAUGUUUAAUAUGCUAUGAUUAUGAUUUGUGUUCGACGUGUUAUGAGCAAGGAGAAACAUCCAGUCAUCACACAAGAGAACAUCCUAUGCAAUGUAUUUUAACACGUCAAGAUUUUGAUUUAUAUUAUGAUGGAGAACAGUGUACAUCUGGUUAUCCUCAAUCAUUAACUUGUCCAAUUUGUGGUGAUAUGGGUUUAGCAUUGCCAUUUUUUGAUGAACCAUCUUCAUCAAAUAAUAAUAAUAAUAUACAAAAUAUGGAUUUAUUUCAACAUCUUCAACUAAAACAUGGUGAGAAUCAACAAUUACAUGAAGUUAUUUGUCCAAUAUGUGCUGCUAUGGUUAAUGGUGAACCAAAUUUAGUUACUACAGAUCUUAUUUCACAUAUAGCUAAUGAUCAUCAAGAUUCACAAGGAAACACAACAUCAUCAUCUGGUGGAGAAACAAAUACUUAUUCAAGACAACCAUUAUCGACUAGAGAUUAUGAUUUUGGUGUUGGCUCUGGAAUUCGUGGUGGUUUUCGACGUGGAUCACUAAGAACGCCUAUUCGAAGAGGUGCAUUGGGCAGAGGAAAUGGACAUGUAAGUCAAAAUUUUGUUAUAGAUACAUCAUCAGGAUUACCUACAGUUGUCAAUGGAAAUGAUCCAAUUACUAAUUUAUUAACACAAUUAUCAAAUGUACGACGAUUAGCAGCAGCUAAUCAUAGUUUAACCAAUACUAAUAGUUCAUUGACAUCUUCAUCAAAUACAGUUAAUCUUCAAACACUUACUCGUCAACAAUAUGAACGUGAACGUCUUCGUGCAGCCGGACGUUUUCAUCACUAUCAUCAAUCCAAUAAUUCUCAACAAUCAAUACCUACAUCUAAUACUGUACCAUCUGUUGAAAGUAAUUUUUUCGAUGCACUUUUCUCAUCAGCUCUUUUAACUGAUCCAUCCACUAAUAAUCAUCAAACUUGGGCACGCAUUAUUAGUCAACAACAAGCUACAUCUGAACAACAAUCACAAACUUCUUCCAAAACAAAAACUCCUACAAUAACAAAUUCAGAAUCUGAUCCUUCAUUAUUACGGCGAAUGUGCAAUGAAUCUACUUCGUCUUCUUUGAUGCCACCAAAUUCAACUGUAGUGCAAUCAUUAAAACAAAAAAAUGAGUUUGUGCAGAGUCUACUUCUUUCUAGUUUUGCUUAUUCAAUUAAUGAUAAAUGA